UUCGUUUGAUUUUUUCGUGUAGCGAAAGAAUGUGUCAAUGAUCUGGAGGGCCAUAAAGUUAAUAGAGAGCAACUGCCGAAAUCCGUAAGUGCAGUUUUGGCAACUGAAAGUGGACAAAAUGUCCUUCAGGAUGAGAGAGGUAAAGGCGCUGCUGCGCAAGGACAUCCUUGUGCGCUGGCGCCAGAAGGUUCUGUCGUUGACGGUGAUCGUGUGGCCAUUGAUUACAUUCAUGCUGAUCUAUUUAAUAAGGCUAAGAUACGACUCAGAGCACAUAAACGCAUGCCAGUUCCCCACGCGUCUGCUACCCACUAAAAAUCAGGUUGUGCCCAGCGCCUUCUCCUACAUUUGCAGCAUUGAGAAUAAGUGUCUAAGCACCGAACCUUACGAGGAGUACUCCAAAUGGCAGGCAGCACCCUUGCAUUCUGUCAUUGAUAUAGUCAAUGUGUUCGUCACCGAUGAUCGGUUGUACAGUGCAAUCAUCGAGCUGCCGGAAAAGGCGAACUUUGUAAGCGCAGUCACUACACUCGUAACCAGCAGUCAUCUCAAUGUCAUUCGAAGUAACAUUAGCCAAAUCGUUUCUUUGGUGCCCGAAAUUGAGCGCCUGAUGAACUACAGCUUUGAUGUCACAAAACUAUUUUCAAAUCGUGAAACGUUUGUGAAGCUGGGCGUUUUACUUUGCGGCCAUCCGUUUCCCAGCUUGGAGAGCAUACCUCUGGUUAACGAUAUACUUUACUCCGAGGAUUUCAGCGAGGUCAAUGAUGAUGAGCUAAACGCCAUGCCAACCAAGUAUUGCAAGCGACUGUAUUUGGAUGUUACCUCAACGAAUCAAGGCAAGCUAACCUGGAAUUUUAUCAAGCCAAUUAUUCAGGGUAAAAUUCUAUAUACGCCACUAAAUGCUGAUACGGAGAGCAUCGUGAAAUUCACCAAUGCAACUUUCGAGGAAAUUGAUCGACUAAAGAAUAUAUCGUACGCAGCCGCGACCAUCCUCGACAAGCUGCACACGAAUGCCACAUUUCAGCAGGCCUUUGAUAAUCUGCUGAAAUUGGCCCGUUCCCCACUCGUUCAAAGCUUGGUGGGCAGUGAAUUCAAUGUGGAGGAGAUUGAGCGAAUUAUGAACUACGUGCGCACCAAUGAGCUUAUCCAUCAGGUUUUAACUACUGUCAGCGAUCUCAUGGAGUGCGUAUCGGCCGAUCGGUUUGAGGGGGUGUCCAGUGUUGAGAAAUUGCAGCAUCGCGCCUAUGAGCUUAAUCAGCAGCGCCUCUUUUUGGCUGCGCUCAACUUUGAGGAUGUCGCUAGUCAGUAUAUAACCUACAAAUUGCACAUGGACACGGACAAUACGCAGCCGACGUUCGAGAACAAAAAUCGGUUCUGGUUCCCAGGGCCAGCAUCAAGCAUGUUAGUGGACCUGAAGUAUCACCGUGGCUUUGUUCAACUCAUGCAGAUGGUCGAUCUGGCAAUUAUCAAGCAUAAGCGAAAAGUGUUGGGACCGGACGAGCAGUCGGAAACUGCUGAAAUCUCACGACCCUCCAUCAGUUUGAAACGUGUUGAUGAUGAUGAAGAUCUCUUUAAUGAGGAGGAUGAAGAGAAGGGCGAGAAUACAGAUGACGAGAAUUCGAGUAGCAAUGAGGCAACGACGACUCUCGCUCCUGGGUCUGACGAGGUAGAAGUUACAGCCGCCAAUGGGCCACAACCGCUAACGGAAACAUCAACCCUAAAUCCCGACUUCAAAUUUCUGAGCAAUGAUGAUUUAAUGAACAUCAAGUUGCCAAGCGGCUUUGAAAACGCUCUUAGCCAAGCUUUAGCAGAUCCUAAGCUCAAUUUGGACUUCCGCGGCAGUCGGGUCAAGCGUCAGGGUCUCUUGGACUUGCUCAGCAGCUUCAGCAAUAGAAAUGACAAUGCCAAUGGUAUUAAAUAUGACGUGGACGAGAUGCAGUUUUAUACCAAACAAUUUCCCUAUCCCGCCUAUGUGCGCGAUGACUUCAAGCGCGGCAUCUACCUGGCUCAAGCCGUGCAAGUUUGCUUCUGUCUGGGCCUGGUUGUUGUCGUGGCCAUCUGCGUGCGAGAAAGAAUCUGGAUGCGCGAGAGUCGUAAUAGCAUGCUGAUGCGCUCCAUGGGUGUGCAUGCGCACUCAGAGCUGAUCGCUUGGAUAUUAAUGAGCUUCGCCGAGCUAUUCGUCAUCUUUGUGCUAGUCAGCCUUGUUCUCUACAUCGGCGGCAUUUUGGUUUAUACCAAUUGGUUCUUCAUAAUGCUCUAUUGCCUGGCCUUCGGAGCUUGUCUCAUCUCAUUCUGCUAUAUGUGCUCCAACUUCUUUAUGUCUGCCAACAUUGGGGCUGUCGCUGCGGCGUUGCUCUUCUUCAUCACCCUCUGUCCAUUCAUCAUAGUGCUGCUCUUCGACGCAAAGCUGAAUCUGCUGGAGAGUUUUCUUGUCAACUUGUCCUUCACGACGGCCUUUGCGAAGGGAUGGUCCGAACUGCUGCGCAUGGAGCUGCAAGACCAGGGCCUGACCGUUGGGCAUAUUUUACACUUAGGGCCCGCGGGCAGCGAGUGCGCGCUGGCUUUCCUUAUGUUCAUACUUGAUCUGCUGCUAUAUGCUGCCAUUGGCUAUGGAUACCAGCGCUACAAGAAAAGCAACUACAGCUUUGUGCGAGUCACUCGCGCACAGCUUGAUGCGAAGCUGGGUGCGUCCUUGACCAGCGUCUCCAAGAUGUAUGGCCACAAGCAUGCUCUGUCGAAUCUCACGGUUGACUUUGCACGCAAUCAGGUCAGCUGCCUGCUGGGGCGCAAUGGCGCCGGUAAGAGCACGCUCAUCAAGUUGCUCACGGGGCAAACGGUACAGACGACUGGUCAAGUGGUGCUCGCCGGUCAGCACAAUGUCGGAGUCUGCUGGCAGGACAAUAUACUAAUACCCAAGCUGACAGCACGAGAGCAUCUGGAGCUUUAUGCUCAGCUCAAGAUAGACGCUACUGAUAGCGAGUGUUUGAGCGCGAAGCAGGAGGUGCGGCGCACCUUGAAGAGCCUUAACUUCGGCAAGCAUGAGAGCUAUUAUGCCUAUCAGCUGUCAGGUGGCUAUAGGCGACGUCUCUGUGUAGCCAUUGCGUUCAUCGCCUCGCCCAGCGUUGUCAUCUUGGACGAGCCUUGCAACGGGGUCGAUGCCAAGGCGCGCAAGGAUAUCUGGCAGCUGAUUGAACAGCUGCGUCAGGGACGUGCUGUAAUCUUUGCCACACACUUUCUUGACGAGGCCAAGUACCUCAGUGAUGCACUCUUCAUCAUGCGCAAUGGUCACAUCAUUGCCCAGCACAGCCGAGACUCGCUGCAGCGCCUCUGCACCUCGGAUUAUAGCAUGGAGAUGCGCUGCAUUGAUCCCAAUGCAUCUGCUGCGAUAAUACAGCGGGCGCAGCAGAUGCUGAACCAGAGCCAUGUGCUGCCCGGUCAGGAACCGCAGCACUUGAUCAUUAGCGCCAGCUUUGCUCAGAACCUGACUCCGGCUGCUGUUCAGUUUGUGGAAUUCCUGCUGGCACAAGAAGCCGCGGGUCGCAUUAGCGAUGUGACUUUCAACAGCAGUUCAACUCUGGAGCAGGAGUUCGAGCAGCUGAAUCGGAAAGACGAAUCACUUGUGCAGGUGACGCCCACCACAUCGAGCAUUGUCACCGGGGCAGCCGAUGUGCUCGAAAAGCCGCCUGGCUCCUGGAAACAUUUUGUGCUGCUUCUGGGCAAGCGGCGCCGUCAUCUAAUGCGCAACUAUCGCCUACUCCUGUACGUGCUGCUUCUGCCUGCCAUUUUUGAGCUUUGCGCAAUGUGGUUUGUCAGCUACCGCCUGGACGAUGACUUUGACACGAUCCUCCCAUUGAGCCGCGCGCUAUAUCCGCAUAGUGCCCAAGUCAUGAGCUGGGAAAAGAUGACUGACUUCACAGAGAUUGUUUACAACAAUCUAACGACCGAAUGCGGCACGGCCUUUGAAUGCGGAGAAUUCACCAGCUCUCGAGACGCCUUUUACUGGGUGCUCAACAGCCUGGAUAAGUAUCGUGGUCGUCGCUAUGGUGGAUACGGUAUCAAUGGCACUGGUGUCACUGUCUGGUACAACAACAAGGGCUACCAUGCCAUGGUAGCCUGGCUGAAUGAUCUGAAUAGCCAGCUGUUGCGCAGCACGCUCGAGAACUCAUCAUUCCAAAUACAAGUAUUGAAUGAGCCCUGGAAGCUGGGCUUCGCCGAGCUUAGCACCAGUUCGGUGCUGCGCCAGGCUGGCGAUUCCUGCAUGGUCUUCAUUCUGCUGAUCGCGUUUGGCCUAGUGGUUGCGGCUGCCUCCGUUUACCUGGUCAAUGAGCGCGUCAACGGCGAAAAGCUGCAGCAGCGCCUAAGCGGCGUGAGCGCCGCCACCUAUUGGCUGGUGGCCAUUCUCUGGGACUAUCUCAUCAUGGUACUGGCUCUGAUCGUCUGCCUUGCGAUUGUGCUGAUCUUUAAUAUGCCCGUCUUUGUCGACCGCCAGCAACUGGUGGGCAUCGUGGCUUUAUCUCUGAUGUUUAGCUUUGCAUGCGUGCCCGCCGUGCAUGUUCUGGAGAAGAUCUUCAGUGACUCGAGCAUCGCUAUUGUGUCCAUCUUUUGCGGCAACAUCAUCAUUCCAGUGGCUACCAUGGGCAUUGUGCUAAUUCUGGGAGUCGUGGGCGAUGGCCCCACGUGGGACACUUGGCGGCAUGGACUGAACCAUGCCUUCCUUAUCUUCCCCCAGCAUGCACUGGGCGAUGGCCUGCUGGAGCUGUGCAAGAACUACAUGGUAGCCGUUGUCUUCAAACGGUACGACAUUGACUCUUAUAAGCUACCGCUGGCCAGUGAUCUGCUGCAGCGCCACUUCAUGGCCUUGAUCCUGGUGGGCAUUGUCUGCCUGCUGCUGAACUGGCUCAUUGAGUGUCAUUUGCUGAGUCGCCUCUGGCAGCAAAUGGCGGGCCUCUUGGACUGCAAGUACAAGCGCGAGUUGCGCAAGCUUGGACAGUUGAAGCUCGUCAACAUCAAUAGUAUUUUUAAGAGUUGCGUCGGCGCCAGUGAGGCACUGCGGGUCGAGAAUCUCUGGCUAGCCUACCGCCGUGGACACUAUGCUGUCCGUCAGGUUCACUUUGGCGUGCAGCGCGGUGAAUGUUUCGGGCUGCUUGGCAAGAACGGGGCUGGCAAGUCAACCAUAUUCAAAAUACUCACACGUCAGCUACUCCCAGAUGUGGGGAAUAUAUAUUUCGAGCAUCCCGGCGUUUCAUAUUGCCCGCAGAGCAAUCCACUAGAUCCGCUGCUCACUGUGAAGGAAUGCAUCCGGCUCUAUGGCCAACUAAGGGGCAUAAAGGAUGUGGAUAGCCUGCUGGAACGCAUACUGGACACUUAUGAGCUUCGCAGCUUUCGGGAUGUCCAAGUAAAAAAGCUGAGUGGCGGCAAUCGACGCAAGCUGACGGUGGCUAUCAGCUGCUGCGGCUAUACGCCGACGGUGCUAAUGGAUGAGCCGACGAGCGAUAUGGAUCCGGUGACACGAUCCUUUGUCUAUCGCACUGUUGAGCAGCUACUGGUGGCGCGACGUGCUGUGCUUUUGACCUCGCACUCUAUAUCAGAAAUAGAGCAUCUGUGCCAGCGAGUGGCUGUACUCAAGGAUGGCCAGAUCGUGGCUAACAACAGUCCGGCAGAGCUGAAGAGCCAGCACGGUGGCUACUAUGCGAUUAGUUGCUUUUGCGCGCCCAUUCAACAAGCCGAACUGGUCAGGAUUCUGCCUCAGCACCUACCCGGCGCUUGUGAGCUGAUGCACUAUGCGCACAGUCUGCGCUUCAUUGUUAAAGUGCGUCAACCAAGCAGCUCGGAGGCGACGAGCAGUGCCAAGCAGCCAACGCUUGCCGCACUCUUCGAAGCAGUGUGCGUGAUGGCCACCAGCUUGGAGCUGCCGGCUCACUUUGCGAUCAGCCGCUGUCGCUUCGAGGCGGUCUUCGAGCGCAUCCUUGACAACUGUGAAUCAAUCUCUAACGGGAGUUCCGAUCUGCUCUCGAAGUCAGCUGCAGUCAGUGGAUCCCUGGAAACGGGCUAUGUGCACUGCGGCUACGAUGAGACCACGACCUAGACCUAAGUGA